CCCAGUCCCUGCCCGGCCCAGCGCCAGACAAGGGGCGACGCCUCGAGGUAAAAUCUAGGAGGUGCAGGAGGCGAACUCUGCAAGAGGCCCUGUUGUCCCGGAGAAGCCUCUCAGCGGCGCAGACGAGUGGGUGCGAUGAUGGAGGAGGAGGAAUGCGGUUUAGGGAAGUCGUGUGCCCCCUCUGAGCCAGUCGCGGCUGCACAACCGGCGGGAUCCCCAGGGGAGACCCCCGCGGUCACCGCAGAGUCCCCGGAGCUCGCGAACUACAGUAGCAAGUGCGUGUUCUGCCGGAUCGCGGCGCACCAGGAUCCCGGCACCGAACUCCUGCACUGUGAGAAUGAAGACCUAGUUUGCUUCAAAGAUAUCAAGCCAGCAGCACCUCAUCAUUAUCUUGUGGUGCCAAAGAAGCAUUUUGAAAACUGCAGAUAUCUAAAGAAAGAUCACAUAGAACUCAUUGAGAACAUGGUGACUGUUGGAAAAGCCAUUCUAGAAAGGAAUAAUUUCACUGAUUUUGCAAAUACAAGAAUGGGUUUCCAUGUGUCACCAUUCUGUUCCAUUGCCCACUUGCACCUUCAUGUUCUGGCACCAGCUGAUCAGCUGAGCUUCAUGUCAAGAUUGGUUUAUAGAGUAAAUUCCUAUUGGUUUAUCACAGCUGAUUAUUUGAUUGAAAGACUAAGAACAUGAAAAUGUCAACAGUGGAAGAUUUCCUAAUCUUGGCUCAACAUAGACUAAUAUUUUCGUCUCUUUGAAGUCUAAUUACAAUUGUAAGGUUCACUGGGUUUUAUGAGAAGCUAUUACUGGGUAGCCUUAAAUUGUUUCUUCAUGUUUAUUUCCUGAAAUGUGUGAUGUAGUCAUAUAAAUUCUUUGUCAUUGACUUUGUUUUAAUGGUUCCUUGUCUAAAGUAUAAGAUACUCUAGAUAAAAUCCCAUUAAAACAAAUUCUGUUAAUCAAGAAGGGCUCUGUAUUUUUUUAAGAAAUUCAAAUAUUUUUAUUUCUCAGUAAGUAGUCAGUUAUAAUACUCUUGCCUGGAAAAUCCCAUGGGUGGAGGAGCCUGGUAGGCUGCAGUCCUUGGAGUCACUAGGAGUCAGAAACGACUGAGUGACUUCCCUUUCACUUUUCACUUUCAUGCAUUGGAGCAGGAAAUGGCAACCCACUCCAGUGUUCUUGCCUGGAGGAUCCGAGGGACGGGGGAGCCUGGUGGGCUGCCGUCUAUGGGGUUGCACAGAAUCAGACCCAACUGAAGCGACUUAGCAGUCAGUUAUAAUAGUGAUUUAUUUAUGAAGAAUAAACUGGUAUAAAAGUACUUUGUUGGAACCUUUGUUAUAUGAAGGAGAGAAAUAAAUUACUUGUUGAUUGUUCUGUAAUUUUACACGUAAAAUUUCAAAACAAAGAGCACCAUGCUCCACAGUGAUCUCUGAUCUUGAUGGAAAGAAUUGUAUGCGUGUCACUUUUUACUCAGACUUCAGGUGCUGGUUUUCACUUCCUGAAACCUAGCAUCUUUGUAAUAAAUUGAUACUGAAAGCUAUAUAGUAUAUAUAAAAUAACUUCUCUCUAACAGUGAAUUUGCUACAGCAAAUCAAUUUGUUUAUCCAAGAGAAUUCAUUGUAAUGGAAUUUUACCUGUAAGAAUAUA